CUGGCUGCGUCGAGUUGGCCGUUGCUUUACAGUUGCUGGGAUGCGGCGAGACGGGGAACCGCUGGGGCCAAGAUCAUGCUUGACGGAGAGCAGUUUCGUGGGCAGCAGAGGCCGCUAGGAAUGGGAUGAAAGAAGCGGGGCAGAUGCAAAAUCUGGAGAGCGCGGGGGCGGUGCAGUCAGUCAGCACCCAGACUGGAAGUAUGACGGGUCAAAUACCAAGGCUCUCUAAAGUCAAUCUUUUCACUCUGCUCAGUCUCUGGAUGGAGCUCUUCCCAGCCGUAGAAACCCAAAGGCAAAAAUCUGAGCAAAAGGAAGAGGGAAAGCAUGAAUCCUUAGCAGGUAAUGAAGACAUGGCCAGAGUACCUACUGACAAAAAACAGGUGAAAAGAACUGGUCUUGUGGUGGUGAAAAACAUGAAAAUUGUUGGUCUCCAUUGUUCUAGUGAAGAUUUACAUGCUGGGCAAAUUGCUCUUAUUAAACAUGGAUCAAGGCUGAAAAACUGUGAUCUUUAUUUUUCCAGAAAGCCAUGUUCUGCUUGUUUGAAAAUGACUGUAAAUGCUGGAGUCAACCGGAUUUCAUAUUGGCCUGCUGAUCCAGAAAUAAGUUUGCUUACUGAGGCUUCUAGUUCUGAAGAUGCAAAGUUAGAUGCCAAAGCUGUGGAAAGAUUGAAAUCCAACAGUCGGGCUCAUGUGUGUGUCUUACUUCAGCCUUUGGUAUAUUACAUGGUGCAGUUUGUAGAGGAGACCUCUUACAAAUGUGACUUUGUUCAAAAAAUAACGAAAACACUGCCGGAUGCUAACAUUGACUUUUAUUCAGAGUGUAAACAAGAAAGAAUAAAAGAAUAUGAAAUGUUAUUUUUGGUUUCAAAUGAAGAAAUGCAUAAGCAAAUACUGAUGACUAUAGGUUUGGAAAACCUGUGUGAAAAUCCAUACUUUAGCAAUCUAAGGCAAAACAUGAAAGACCUUGUUGUACUUUUGGCCACAGUAGCUUCCAGUGUGCCCAACUUUAAACACUUUGGAUUUUAUUGUAGCAAUCCAGGACAGAUUAACGAAACUCACAAUCAAAGUUUGCCACAAGACAUUGCAAGGCACUGCAUGGUUCAGGCCAGGUUACUGGCAUAUCGAACUGAGGAUCAUAAAACAGGAGUUGGAGCAGUCAUUUGGGCAGAAGGGAAAUCUAGAAGCUGUGAUGGAACAGGAGCAUUGUAUUUCAUAGGAUGUGGUUAUAAUGCUUUUCCUGUUGGAUCUGAGUAUGCUGACUUUCCCCACAUGGAUGACAAACAGAAAGACAGAGAAAUAAGGAAAUUCAGAUACAUUAUACAUGCGGAACAGAAUGCCUUGACAUUUAGGUGUCAAGAAAUAAAACCAGAAGAAAGAAGCAUGAUUUUUGUGACAAAGUGCCCGUGUGAUGAGUGUGUACCUUUAAUUAAAGGUGCUGGCAUAAAACAAAUAUAUGCAGGGGACGUAGAUGUUGGAAAAAAGAAGGCAGACAUUUCUUACAUGAGAUUUGGAGAACUUGAGGGUGUUAGCAAAUUUACAUGGCAGCUGACUCCCUCAGGAGAGUGUGGUCUUGAACAAAAUGAGCUUGAAAGGAGACAGAAUGGUGUGUUGAGUCCUAUACUUCUGAAAGAAGAACAGCACCAAAACAAGAAGCUUUGUCUUGGAAACCACUAA